GCGUGGGGCCGGGCCGAGCGGGGGCAAAGUUUGGGGCGGGCCCGAGGCGAGGUCGAACCGGGACCGAACCGGUCGCAAAGUCCCGGGAAUCCAGGGUGGAAACGAGCCCGACCGGAUUCAGAGAAAGAAAUGGGAAAAACGUCAACUUAAGAGGAAGCAAUGAAUCUCUGUUGAAGCAUCAGAUCGCAGGAGCUGUUGGCCAGAUGCUGCUGGAUGCUGACAGGGGAAAGCUGAUUCGGAGACAGGCAGUCAGAAAUGUUUGGACACGUCGUCAUUUUGGAUCUGGCAUCUGAGUGAGUGUCACUGCUUCAUGAGGCUUUGAAUUUGAGCCUAGGCUGGUAACCCGCUGUUGGAGCCACGCAGGUGGGAGGAUGUCGAGCACAGCUCCAACAAAGAAGCCUUACCGCAAGGCACCCCCACAGCAUCGUGAGAUCCGUCAUGAGGUUCCCAUCAUUCGUGACGACCAGGAUGGAGUGAUCUUGGCUGAGCAGAGUCAGGAACCCUUGACGGAUGCAGAAAGGAUGAAGCUGCUGCAACAUGAGAAUGAGGAGCUGCGCCGACGGCUGAUGUAUGUGACUAACAAAAUGGAAGCAAUGGAGAGGGAGCUGGAAUCAGGUCAAGACUACCUGGAGAUGGAGCUGGGUCAGAACCGGGAGGAGCUGGAGAAAUUCAAGGACAAAUUCCGUAGGUUACAGAACAGCUACACUGCUUCCCAGAGAACCAACCAAGACCUGGAAGACAAGCUGCAUGCCCUGAUUAAAAAGGCAGAGAUGGACCGCAAGACAUUGGACUGGGAGAUUGUAGAGCUCACUAAUAAAUUGCUUGAUGCCAAAACAACUAUCAAUAAGCUGGAGGAACUUAAUGAACGCUAUCGACAGGACUGUAACCUGGCGGUACAGCUGCUCAAGUGUAACAAGUCCCACUUCAGGAACCACAAAUUUGCUGAUCUUCCCUAUGAGCUGCAGGAUAUGGUCAAUAAGCAUUUGCACAGCACUCAGGAGUCUGCAGGCCCUGGUCAAGAGGCAACCCACACCUUGGCACCAUCUGAUGUUGUGCCCACCUCAGUCAUUGCCAGGGUUUUGGAGAAGCCAGAAUCUCUGGUACUGAAUUCAGCCACGUCUAGCAGUGGCACCUGUCCUGUGGCUGAGGAUGUCUUUGUGCAUGUGGACAUGAGUGGAGCCCCUCCUGAUGCCUGCAGCAGUGCAGGGCAGAUGAAGAAGGAGGGAGGGGAAGUUGGGAAGCAGCAGAACGGUGGCUGCAAGCCACAGGGUAGUGUGGAAAGCGUGCAAGAGGAUGUGCCAGCCUUUGAGAAGCUAAGCCCAUACCCUACACCUUCACCUCCCCAUCCUAUGUACCCUGGGCGGAAAGUAAUUGAGUUCUCUGAGGACAAGGUAAGGAUUCCAAAGAACAGUCCUCUGCCCAACUGUACAUAUGCUACACGCCAGGCCAUCUCCCUCAGCCUGGUACAGAGUGAAGAUGAGAGCUGCGACAGGCACCGGACACUUCCCAACAGCCCUGCUUCAGAAGGACGCCGCUCGGCCUCCAGCUGUUCCUGUCAGCAGUCCCCCAAAGCAGCCAGGGCUCAUGGCUCUUCCCAGAGCAGCCCCUUCAGCAGCCCUCCCCAGAUCCCGAGCGCCUUCGCUAGCUCUGCCAGCUCUGAGGAGGACCUGCUGGCUAACUGGCAGCGUAUGUUUGUGGACAAGGCACCCCCCACUUCAGAGCGGGUGCUGAUGAACCGUACGGCCUUCAGCCGCGACACAGCCCCUGAGCUCCAGAAGAGGUUCAGCCGUUCCAUGCAGGAGCUGGAUAGGGCAGCCUCUGCCUACUCAGAUGGUGAGGAGUCUGCCCAGAGCUGCAGCUGGACUGUGAGCCGGGACUCAAGCGUGGACACAGACAGCACUGAAUCCAGAGCCCGCAGGAGCCAUUUCUCUUCUGACUAUGGUACAGAUUUCUCCCAGGAUGAAGCCCAGAGGCUGUUGCAGGGAAGUGGUGGAGGCACUGCUGAGCCUGGAAGUCCACCCCCAGAAAAGCACAAGGACUAUGUGGACCUUGGCUUACCUGAGAGCCCAGCUGAUGAGAGAGAGUUGUUGCUCCAGGGAAGCAAGGAGAGUAACCAAGGAGGAGCUCAAGAGGAAAGUGGGGAAGGCAGGGUCAAGCCUCCCUUCAGUCGGCCGCACCGCAGCCCCAAGAGAAUGGGGGUCCACCAUCUGCAUCGCAAGGACAGUCUGACGCAGGCCCAGGAGCAAGGCAACCUUCUCAGCUGAGGCAGGGGAAGCAGCAGCCACAUGCCGCGGAGCUGUGGGAGAUGCCUCCAUCUGUCUUCUGAGGGAGAAACCUCUCUCAGUGCCCUCCACCCUAGGAGGAACUCUGGGCUCUGCUCUUAAAUGUUCUGUUUAUUCUCUUUCGCUACCUGGAAGAGCUGGGGUUCCCAUUCCCUGGCACCUCAGACCUGCAGUACUAGCACAUGUUGUGCAGAAGCACACCCACUGCCCUGGCACGCUCACAGCUCUCUUCACAGCCUCACACUGGUGCCUGUACCAGACCUUGUUCUUGGUACCCACAACCUGGUGCCUCUCCUCUCUGCGCUCCCAUCCUCCCUUUCCCCUUCCCACUCAGGUACCUGAGGCCCCGGCUGCUCCCAUACUGGUGCCUGCAGCUGCUCUGCUCCCUUUUAACUCGUGCCAACAGGGCAGCGUGCCUGGAUGGUGGUGUCUGAUUCCCUGGGAGCCCCCAAGGGCCAUGAGGACUCUCCCAGGGGAUGGAUCUGGUCCCUAGGGUGUAUGCCGAGGAUGCUGGUUUCUUAUUUUCCUGUUGGUUUUUUUCCCCCUAGUCCCCUGGGUUGUGUUCUUCAGAAUCUGCGCCUGUAGCUCCCCAUUGCUCAGCUCAGCACCUGGCCUGCACUGAAUCGAGAUGCAGGCCGGGGCUGUGCUGUGACAUUCAGCUGAGAGGCCUUGGGGAAGGAGGGAGGGGAAGGUCAGUUCCUUCCCAGGCAGGGCAUUGCCCUCUGGGCCAUGUGGUAUGUUUGUGUGUCUCCUCCCUCACACCUCUUCCCCCGCUCUCUGUGCUGUUGUUUUGUUUGAAUGGUGCUGACUCCUUGCUCUUGGGUGGGCUUCUUUCUUCUUUCCAAGCCUUUGGUUUUGGGGUGUAUUGGUUUUUUUUUGUUUGUUUUUUUUUGUUUUUUUUUUUUGUUUGUUUUCCCCCGCCCUGCAUAAACAGACGCAGUGGUUGGCAGCCAGUCUGUUCCUUGCGUUAAGGGCGUGUUAGGGGUGGCUCAGCUCUGAGCUGCGCUUCCCUCUGAUCCUGGCCUUCAGCCUGCAGAAAUCCCUCCAAAUUUGGAAAACGAGAUCUUGCCCCCGGGGGAGUGAGGCAUGAAGGAUGCUACUAGGAUUUUCUGGGCAGGGCUUUGUGUACCAUGGCCCGUGGGGAUGUGAGGGAGCUGCUCCCUGCGGCUGCACUACCUCACGCCUCAGUAGCACCUGUCUGCCAGAGUCUCUUUGUGCCCCCCUCUGGGGGCUCCAGGCUGGCUCUGGUGCUUCCACUCCUGAGCAAGGGUCUCUCUGUGUGUUUUUCCUAGUGUAGUGUGUAUUACGUGAUUCUUCUUCACGGUCUUGUGUGCUCAGUGUCUUAUUGGGGGGAGGGAAAGGGAGAGGUCUGUAGAUGUAGGUAUUUUUUUUGAGGGCUAACAAAGCCUGGUGUCCAGUUUUUAAUUUUGUCCUGUGCCCUUGUCCAUGUUUCAUCCCCAGCCUAGGGGUGUGAGGCGAAGGUCUGGCCUGCUUCCUGGGCUGUGCUGCCCCCACACCAGCUGGCUGUCCUUAGCCUGCUGUCUGUUUUUUUGAGUUGCGUUUGUGUUGUCUUCUUUCCCUACUCCAUUAGUUCUGUACUAGCUGGCUGUGUUGGAGGAGAGCAGCUCACUGCCCAGGAGGGAGCUGACAGCAAGAGACGCAGCCAACAGCUGCCCCAGGGUCCUGCUCCCCUCCCAGACCCCUAUCUCACCAGAGGGCUGCACUUGCAGCUGGAGGCAGCCAGGGCCCCAGCUCCAGCCUGGAGGCUCCAGGGCCUGUGAAAGGUAGUUGCAGGCCUCUGUGGGGCUUGGUGUGCCCUAGUUGGAGCUGCUGCCUAUGUAUUUACCUUCUGUCCCACCUCAAACAGCUGUGGAGUUCAAUGCCGACCUCAAGGUAGAGGUGGGACUCAGUAUUUUACUACAGUAUUUCACUCAAUUCCUGUGCAAACAGGCUGGUGCUGAGAGCAGAAGCUUCCUUUUAGCUUGCAGGGCAUUAUUUCUUAUCCUGAAAGUUGUGAUGGGAUCCUUGCAUUUGCUCUCCCCUGCCACUAUGCUGCUGAAUUUCUCCUGCUCUUCUGCAGCAGUACUGAGGGCUUUCACCUGCAGCAGCCACUAUCCUGUGGCUCGUGGACAUCACCUGGGGUUGGGUGCUUUUGGAAUGGACUCUUGGGGCUCUCUGAACACCUGUGGCACAUGUGGGACAGCCUGUCAGAGAAGGCUGGCUGAUGUGGGUUAGCUCAUCUGCCUCAUUGCAGCUGGGAGGCACUGCCCUUCAGGGCUCAUCUCUCCUGGUGUGCUGGUCAGGGGACAAAACACAUUCUCUUGCUGAAACUGAAUGGUGCUGGGCAGAGCUGGGCUCCCCUAUGCUUUUGGUCUCAGUAAGCUAAAAGCACAACGGAGGAAAGAAGGGUGGGAAAGGAGUGCCCACAGCCUUCACAUGCAGUUGUUUCAUAGCAUUAGGCCACUGGCAGGCAGUGAGGGGGAGCGAGCAGCCGAAGGAGGAGUAGACCCCCCUCCCAGCCAGCACAGUGCCUGUCCUCUGCUCUCCUCCAGAAAUGUUGGCUCUGGGGCCUUGAGCUGACCCAACUUUCAGUGUCCCAACUCCAGACUGUUAAUCUGUAACUAAUGUGUUCUGUUGUUGUUGUUUUGCUUUUUUUUUUUUCUGAAAUUUUCAAACUGAUGUAUAUUUUAAGACCAGAAAUAAACUAUUUUAAAAGUA